AUGGACGCCAAGCCCGGCGCGCCCGUCCACGAGCCGCUGCUCGCGGCGGCGCGGCCCGGCAAGGACUCCGCGGCGGCCGAGGACGACGACGGGGCGGCGCGUCAGGGCCUCGCCGCGGCGGAGGUGAAUCGGCUGGUGCGGCUCGGCGGGCCCAUCGUCGCCAGCUGCAUCCUCCAGAACGUCGUCAACAUGGUGUCCGUCAUGGUCGUCGGCCACCUCGGCGAGCUGCCCCUCGCCGGCGCCUCCCUCGCCACCUCCCUCGCCAACGUCACCGGCUACAGCCUCCUCGCCGGCAUGGCGACGGCGCUGGACACGCUCUGCGGCCAGGCAUACGGCGCGCGGAUGUACCACCGGCUCGGCGUCUACAAGCAGCGCGCCAUGGUGGUGCUCUCGCUCGCCUGCGUCCCCAUCGUCCUCAUCUGGGUCAACACUACCAGGAUCCUCGUCUUCCUCGGCCAGGACCCGGCCAUAUCGGCCGUGGCCGGCGAGUACGCGCGGUGGACCAUCCCGUCGCUCCUCGUCUACGUGCCGCUGCAGUGCCACAUACGGUUCCUGCAGUCGCAGACCAUCGUCCUGCCCGUGACGGCCAGCUCCGGCGCCACCGCGCUCUGCCACCCGCUCGUGUGCUGGCUGCUGGUGUUCAAGGCCGGCCUGGGGAGCAAGGGCGCCGCGCUCAGCAACGCCGUCUCCUACGGCAUCAACCUGGUCAUACUGGCUCUGUACGUCAGGCUGUCCGCCACCUGCAAGAACACCUGGAGCGGCUUCUCCCGGGAGGCCUUCAAGGAGCUGCGCCAGUUCACCGCGCUCGCCAUGCCGUCCGCCAUGAUGAUCUGCUUGGAGUGGUGGUCAUUUGAGGUCCUUGUGCUUCUCUCUGGGCUUCUGCCCAAUCCUCAGCUUGAGACAUCAGUGUUGUCAAUAUGCCUUAACACAGGUGCUCUGUUGUACAUGGUACCACUUGGCCUUUCUUCUUCUAUCAGCACGCGCGUCUCAAACGAACUUGGGGCAGGCCACCCGGAAGCAGCAAAGCUCGCGAUGCGAGUGGUCAUGUACAUGGCCUUGUCUGUAGGAUUUGUGUUAGCCUUGACCAUGAUCUUGCUACGGAAUGUUUGGGGGUACCUGUACAGCAAUGAGCAGGAAAUCGUCACAUACAUGUCCAGGAUGCUGCCAGUUCUCGGAAUAUCUUUCUUCAUAGAUGGGCUUCACAGUUCUCUUUCGGGUGUGCUUACCGGCAGCGGCAAGCAGAAUAUUGGCGCAGCCGUGAAUCUCGGUGCGUUCUACCUGUUAGGCAUCCCGAUGGCUGUGAUGCUUGCAUUUGUCUUCCACCUAAACGGAAUGGGUCUCUGGCUUGGCAUCGUUUCCGGCAGCUUCACCAAACUGGUGCUGCUUAUGUUUAUCACCUGGUGCAUAGAUUGGCAAAAGGAGGCACUAAAGGCACAGGACAGGGUCUUGAGUUCAUCCCACCUACUCCCGGUAUCGUAGAAAUGUGAAGCAUCACGUGCACAUGCUGCAGACGGCUUGAUCGGUAUGGUAUCUGAUUGGUCCGAUACACUAUAUCACUUGAGCGUUGAUGAGGCAUUUAGCAAGGAGGACAUGUGGUGCUCGGAUGUAAAACAGAGCUGCCAUGAACAUGAGAUCAGCAGGCAGGCAUGACCCAGCAAUUUUGGCCAUUGUAUGUUUUGUCUGAUUCAUUCUUGUGGUGUGUAACUGAGCUCUUGGUCCAGGAGACAGUUUGUGGGUAAGCAAUGCGCGGGAAACCAUUGUAAUCUCCACCAAUUUGAUCCAGUCAUGUUACUUGUGUGGCAUGUUGUGAUGCAUAUCGACUAAGCAGCUUGGGGGCGUCUGGAACACCUAGCAACUGAAACUGAAUGUGAUUAAUUUGAAGCACUUGAUCA